GUGCUGUGAAUACCAGUGCCGUUUGACGUAAGCAAUGAAAACAUAACAAAUUUAUUUAACAAGCAAUUUAUGAAAAUAUUUGUGUAUUUUUUGUGAAAAUUAAUAUAAACAGUAUUGUAUUAUUAAAAAUCAAUUUGUUAAAUAUGUGUGUACAUGAGAUUAGUAUUUAUUAAUGUCAAAAUUAUCCAGGCACACACCAUGCCAAUUGAUGUGUAAUAUUUUAGUUUGACAUUUAAUUUAAGCUAAUAAAUUGCUUACCAAAUUAAUAUACAUGGUCAAAUAAACAACUUCUACACGUGUGCAUACUAUUAGUAAUAAGUAAUUGCAAGUAAUUAAUAUAAAUAUUAAUUAAAAAGUUUUCAAACAAUAAUAAAUGGGCCGUAGAUUGCCGUCAAAUGCCUUAACACUAUCUCAGUUCCUCUUAAGACAGCAAACGCUAAGACUGUACAAAGACUUCAUGAAACUCAUUAGACGUACGGAUAAUCAUAAAGAGCUUAGGGAUUGGAUUAGGCAUGAGUUCCGCACGAAUAUGCAUCACAAACAACAGGAUAUUAUUAAAAUGCAAUUAACGAGAGGACGGGUAGCUCUGAAGCAAUGGGAGACCACUAUAACCCUAAACUCGGCCUUUCUGUCGGCCUUACCCUUCCCUUUCGCACCGACACCUUUAGCCGACUCCUCAGCGCCUGAUAUAUCACUAUCGGACUCAUUGUCCUCCAGGAGCUCCGCGAACUCGUCGGCCGACGCGAACACACUGUUAGUCACGCUAUCGAAGCCUUUUUUGUUACGUUUGGGUCGCUUCGCAGGCGCACCAUCCCUGUCCUCAUCCCCUGACCCGUCGUCGUCCUCAUCGCCAAACGCCUCCUCCAAGUCCUCAUCGAUACCAUCGAAGGCGUCGGCAAAGUCCGGGUCGUCCGCAUCGAACUCCAUGUCCUCGUCGUCAGCGGCCGAGUCGUCGCCGAACUCGUCCUCAUCGGCACUACUGUCCCCAUCCGAGCCCUCAUCGGCCGAGUCGUCGUCAUCUCUCUUACUCUUAGAGGACUUCUUAGAGAAAUCCUUAUGA